AUGCGGUGCCAGUUUGGCCACAUCGCCGAGGGCCUGUUCGAGUUCGACGACGAGGACGAAUUCACCGCCCCCGGGGGCAUAUUGACGCGCCGGGUCAAGCACCUCGAGUUGCUGGACCUGGGGCGGUACACCCAGAGCCAACGCCUGCAAGGCGUCGUGCAAAAAUCCCAGGAAAAGCUCGAGAUGGCGGCGAGGUUCCCCAUCUACUUGCGGUGUCUGCAAAUGCUCCUCCAGCGCUACCUUCGCAUCAUCAUCCGCCUCGCCGGGAUCGAGGCGCAACUGGAGGUGAUCACCGCCUGUGUCAAGCGGCUCUGGAUCAAGUACGCUCGCAAUUCGCGGCCGCCGCCCGCCGCCCAUAUGAGAAUCGACAGCUGUCUCGCCACCUCGGCUGAGUGUAUCACGAUCAUCUACGUGGCAUGUAUGCUCCACGGGGCCGGCCCCGUGUACGUCGACGAUCUCAUCACUUGGUGGCGAAACAACGACAUCCCCACCCUGCAGAUCGCUAAGAUGGGGUGGUUCGACGACCCCGAACUCGAAGCCGACCGGAUUGAGACGAAAUUGUUGUCGACGUCGGGCUAUCCCGUCCGCAGUCUGUUUGAGAAGCGAGUGAUGCACGUGGUGAACCGGGCAUUGGGGAGCUCGAAGAUGAUAGCGGUGCCGAUCAAUUACUACACGCCAUUUCUCUACCGGUUGGUAGCGCGGCUCCAUCUCCCCCCACGAAUCGUUGAUGUCGUCCGCGCCAUCUGGCCCCAGCCGGAGAUUGUCAUCAAAAAAUCGCCGUCCCGGAUCAGACUCGCCGAGACGAUUAUCGCCGCCCGCGUCGUCUACAUUGCUAAACUCUAUGUGCGCCAGCCGUCGUUUGAUCGAACCGAGUGGAGCGCCGCCUAUAACCGCGCCCGCGUCGAGUUUCGUCCGCUCGAUAUUGCCGAAUACGGCCACCCUGAGUUGUGGCUGGAGGCCCAGAUCAAGGGCUACCUCAAAAACUUCAUCGACAAAAUGGUUGACCGCUACACCGACAGCGACCCGUCCACCCGCGUCAGACGGCUUUUCAAAAUGUUCGAUUACACCACGGUUAACCCCGACGAGUUGCCGGAUCGGGCUGAGCCCGCCCUCGGGGUGUUAAGUGUUUCGGAGUUUAACGCCGCGCUCGUGGCCGAAUGUGCGCGGAUGCUCUGCAUCAAAGAUGAUGUCUUUCUCGACUAUACCAAUUACUUGGGGCAUUACGUAAAAGAAUUUAUUUUUGAAAUAUCUGAAGGUUACAGGGGGAGAGGGCGACCACGAAAGUUAAAAGAACCUCAUGCUGCCAUCACCAACGACGACAACGGUGACCCUGAAAGUGAUAACAAUGAGGAGCCCUCCGACGCCGAGACCGUACAUAGUGAGUAG